AUGUCAGAUAAUAAAAUUUAUUCUGCCAGGUAUUCUGGUGUUGACGUUUACGAAUUCGUCCAUCCUACAGGAUCUGUAAUGAAGCGAAAAAGUGACGAUUGGGUAAAUGCAACACAUAUAUUAAAAGUGGCCAAUUUUUCUAAGGCAAAGAGAACCAGAAUUUUGGAAAAAGAAGUCUUGAAAGAAACACAUGAGAAAGUUCAAGGCGGAUUCGGUAAAUAUCAAGGGACAUGGGUUCCGAUGAAUAUUGCCCUUAAUUUAGCUGAGAAGUAUGGUGUUUAUGAUGAACUAAAAGUCUUUUUCGAUUUCAAGCAUUUGGAUGGUUCAGCAUCACCUCCACCAGCACCAAAACAUCAUCAUGCUUCGAGAACCGAUUCAAAGAGGAAGGCAACCAAAAGUGCUAGUAUGUCCGUUAUAUCAGAUAAUCCAAAGGGUAGUAAGCAACCUAAACUAAUUAAUAUGUCCACUCAAGCGCAUAUUGGGACCAUACUGCCAACAACAUAUGCAAACGAACAGAAUGGGGAAUUUACGAUUAAUAAUGAAACUACUAGCGGAAUGGCCAAAAGAAAUGGUAUAGCGGUGAUCAAUCCAGUAAUAAGGAAGUCAAGAAGAGGAAGACCACCUUCAGUAGGUACGACGCAAAGGAAGUUGGGAGUCGGGAAAAACGUUUCGCUACAGAGGUCUCAAAGUGAUAUGAUAUUUCCCAAACCGUUGAUACCGAAUUCAUCAAUAUCUACGAACCAAUUGCCAUUCAUUCAAAGGUCAACAUUAGAGCCUCUAAAUGAACUAAAGCAAGAGAUGAGGAAAGAUCAAUUUAGGGAAAUCAAGAUUGAUGAUGGACUUUCUAGUGAUAUUGAACAAACAGAUAAUAAUGAAAUUAAUGAACAUAAUUUUGUAGCGCCGAGGCAAUCUUCUGCAAUAAAAAGUAAAAGAUCAAUUCACUCUAUAGAUAGUUCGCCCAAAUCUGUACCUUCAUCACCAAAUUCAGGGACUACAUCACCUCUAAAUGACGUUGACGAUGAAGAUGGAGCGCAAGUUCCUGGUACAUCGCCAAUAAGGUCAGGUAUAGCGCGUUUUUCCACUGAAAAGAAACCUGAAAAGACAGAUAUCAAUGAUAAAGUAAAUGAUUAUUUAUCCAAAUUAGUUGAAUAUUUUAUUUCAGAUGAAAUGCGAACUAACAAUCCUGUCGCGGAUGAGUUAUUGAGACCGCCACCAGAUAGUGCGCCAUUCAUUGAUUCGCCUAUUGAUUCUGAACAACAUUCUGCAUUCCAUUGGGCUUGUUCUAUGGGACAACUUUCCAUUGCAGAAGCAUUAUUCAAUGCAGGUGCAAAUAUUAGAGCCACAAAUAGUGAGGGGCAAACACCAUUGAUGAGAAGUGCAAUGUUCCAUAAUUCAUAUACCAAGCAUACAUUCCCAAUGAUUUUCAAAUUACUGCAUGAAACUGUAUUCGAUGAAGACCGUCAUGGACAAACAGUUCUACAUCAUAUAAUAAAAAGGAAAUCUACGACACCGUCAGCUGUUUAUUAUCUUGAUAUAUUUUUAGGGAGUCUAAAAGAUUUUGCUCAACCUUAUGGGAUUGACUUGUUAAUGAAUGCACAAGAUGAAAAUGGGAAUACUGCAUUACACUUAGCGGCGUUGAAUGGUGAUAAACGAUUUUUCAAUACUUUAAUAUCGAAUGGUUCCUUAUUGACGAUUCAAAAUAAAGAAGGAAGAACGCCUAACGAGAUUAUGAAUAAUAAAUAUGAAGAUGGAGACACUAGCAAUGCCAUGAUGAUAAACCGAUCACCUACAUUUCCAGCUGCUAUGGUUUCUGAUUAUUUAAUGUAUCCAUCUCAAGCAGCCACAACUAUAUCGAGGGGAAUUCCUAAUAUAACGAAUGCGAUGAAACGAAUUGCAGAUGCCUAUAAUGAUAGUUAUGCUCAGAGGGAUGAAGAAGAGAAAGCCUUAGUGAAGACGUUGAAAAGUAUAUCGACUACUAUAGAUAAUAUUGAUGGCAAGACAACAGAGGUACUUGAUAACGAAAGGGGUAAAGAUUUAGAUACAUUGAUUGAGAAACAAUUAAAAGAUGUUGAAGAAUUACAACGCUCUAUUGCUAGACUGAAAAAGGAAAUGGAAUCUAAACUUGAAUAUAGAGAAACGAAACGUUUAGAUCAUUUCAUGAAGGAGAAUUCUGAUGAUAUUAAUACUGUUUCAAAUGAUGAUAAUAUUGAUGGUAGGAUCAAAUUAGCUACAGAAUUAUCCGUUUUCCAAUUAAAGAGAAAGUUUUUCGUACAGGAGAUUUUGAAACUAUUUGAUAACAAUAUGAAAAUCCACAAGUACAGACGAAUGAUUAGUGAAGGUACUGAAAUCAAAACUGAUGAAAUCGAUGCUUGUCUGGAUACUAUUCUACAAAGUUUAUUGAACGGGAGUUAG